AUGAUGGGCUUCCUACGCCGGACGUUUAGCCAUCGCUCGCGCAGACGGUUUCAGACAGCGGACGAACGGGACGGGAAAGGAAGAGGGGGAACCGCGAACCCCGCGCUCCUCGCGCACCAACAGCAGGUCGUCCACGCGCCUGCCGUGGUGACAGGGGGAGCGGCCGUGCACAUCCCGGCGGCUGGGACCGACAAGGAUGCAAUGACCUGCCGCGUGCUGCUGCUGGAUGGGUCGGACGUUAACGUUGAUAUUCCAAAAAGGUCAAAGGGCCAGGAGCUGUUUGACCAGAUCAGGUAUCAUCUGGACCUGGUGGAGGCUGACUACUUUGGACUGCAGUUCAUGGACACAGAACAAGUCUCACACUGGCUGGAUGUGUCCAAGCCCAUAAAGAAACAGAUCAGAGAUGGUCCUCCAUACAGACUGUUUUUCAGGGUGAAGUUCUACUCCUCAGAGCCCAAUAACCUACAUGAGGAGUUCACCAGGUACCUGUUUGUGCUGCAGCUUCGACAAGACAUUCUGUCCGGCAAGUUGAAGUGUCCAUAUGAUGUCUCAGUAGACCUGGGGGCCUACUGCUUACAGAGUGAGCUAGGGGACUGUGACCCUCUAGAGCAUUCUCCUGAGCUGGUGUCAGAGUUUCGCUUCACACCCAAACAGAGUGAGACCAUGGAGGCAGACAUCUUUAACAAGUGGGUGGACCUAAGGGGUAAGGAUCCAUCCCAGGCAGAGACCAGCUUCCUCAACAAGUGUAAAUGGCUGGAGCUGUACGGAGUGGACAUGCACUUUGUCAAGGGAAGGGACGGAGCAGAGUACGCUUUGGGUCUGACUCCCACUGGCAUCCUGGUGUUUGAGGGCUCCACCAAGAUAGGCCUCUUCUUCUGGCCCAAGAUCACCCGCCUGGAUUUCAAAAAGAGUCGACUCACCCUAGUGGUGACGGAGGACGACGAUCAGGGGCGGGAGCAGGAGCACACCUUUGUGUUCCAGUUGGACAGUUCGAAGACGUGUAAACACUUGUGGAAAUGUGCUGUGGAGAGCCACUCCUUCUUCCGGCUGCGCCAGCCCACAGCUGGGAAGGCCUCCAGCAGUGACUUCACACGCCUUGGAUCACGUUUCAGGUUCAGUGGAAAGACUGAGUACCAGGCGACCCACGGAGGGAGGCUGAGGAGGGCCAGUACGUUUGAGAGGCGACCAAGCAAGAGAUACCCCUCCCGCACUCACUCACUGGGUGGCAAGGUGAGAUUAAAUGGGAUUUAA